AUGGGGGCAUUGGCCGGGAAGAGAUCAUCAAUGGCGAGCUUGUUGUGGGUGAUGGUGGUGGUGGCGGGUGGUAUUCUGGGGUGGUGCGCGGCGGAGGUUUAUGAAGUCGGUGGCUCUGCUGGUUGGACCACCACCGGAAAAGUUGAUUACCAGAAGUGGGCUGCCUCUCAAAACUUCAAAGUUGGCGACAUCAUUCAAUUCGUGUAUGGCAAGGCAUACGACAAUGUGCUACGGGUGACCCACGAGAAGUUCCAGAAGUGCGACACAACGGCGCCCUUUACGGUGUAUAGCACCGGCAACGACUCCGUCACCAUUAAAAGCCCAGGCCACCUCUACUUCAUCUGCGGCUUUCCCGGCCAUUGCCAGGCCGGCCAGAAAGUCGACAUCCGCGUUCUCGGCGACGGCACCAACCCUCCCGCUGCCGCUCCCAACGCUCCCGGUCCUAAUCCCCAGUCCCCACCGUCGCCCGCCCUGCCUUUUCCGACGACCCCUCCCGCCCCCGUACCUCCUGCUCCUCCGUCUGAUAAUUCCGCCGUCAACGGCGCUGCGUUUCUCGUCGCUGUUUCCAGUUCCAAGCUCCGCUUGAUCAUCAUGGUGGCGGCGCUUUUGGCUUCUAUUUUUGUUACUGCUUAA